AUGCAGGAAAACAUGGAGGAUUACUAUUACCAAGACAACCAGGAUUUUAACCACAACGACAGUUACGACUACAGCUACGACCACUCAGUGUGCGACAAAGAGACGGUGCGCUCCUUCGCUGGUGUGUUCCUCCCGGUCAUCUAUUCGCUAGCUCUGGUGGUGGGCCUGGCGGGGAACGCUCUGGUGGUGGUGGUAUACGCGUCCCGCUCCCGCCUGCGCACCUUGACCGACGUGUGCAUCCUGAACCUGGCCGUGUCGGACCUGUUGCUGCUAGUCACGCUGCCCUUCUGGGCGGCGGACGCGGUGCACGGUUGGAGGCUGGGCUCGCCCGCCUGCAAGCUGACAUCGUUUCUCUACAGUGCCAACUUCAGCUGCGGUAUGCUGCUUCUGGCGUGUAUCAGCGUGGACCGCUAUCGGGCAGUGGUUCACAGGUCGACUGGUCGGACCGUCCGUGGUCCCAGGGUGUGGAAACAGUGGAUCUUGGUCUGCUUGGCCUUGUGGGUGGUGGCCAUCUUUCUGGGGCUCCCUGAACUUGUUUUCUCCACGGUGAAGCAUUCCCACUACAGGAUGUUCUGCACCGCCGUGUACCCGCCAAGCAUGGGCCGCCCGGCGAAAGCUACCCUGGAACUUCUGGAGGUGACCCUCCGGUUUGUGCUACCUUUUCUGGUGAUGCUAGUGUGCUACAGCUUGGUCGGUCGAGCCCUAAGCCGAGCACCAGGGGUGCAGAGAGGUAAAAAAUGGCGGACCCUGCGCGUUCUGUUAGCGGUGGUGGCCGUCUUCCUGCUGACACAACUUCCCUACAACGCGGUGAAGCUGUGCCGAGCGCUGGACAUCAUCUACAUGCUCGUGACCGACUGCGAAGUCAGCAAGGGUCUGGAUCACGCCUUGCAGGUGACCGAAAGCCUAGCGCUAACCCACGCCUGUAUAAAUCCGCUCCUCUACACCUUCAUCGGGUCCUCCUUUCGGGGACAUGUUCUCAAAACUGCCAAGCAUCUUGGACAGCAACUCGGGGGACACCCCAGACGAGAGGACGGCGAGCCGGCGGUGGAGAUCGCGCUCAAUACGCGCAAUCAAAACCAUUCGCAGUCUGGUUCCGAGGAACCGGACACCAGCACCUUCAGUAUGUAA